AUGCAUGUCAAAGGAACCCAGAAACUUGGGCAUCGUGUCUGCGAGUGUUGGAACUUGGCUGCGCUGUGGCUGCCACCUGUUCCCCGCCCUGACAAUCGCGAGAGGGGACGGCAUUUGUCCAAUAUCCAGUUGCGCGGUGUCUCGUCGCUCCAGAGACGAGCCUAUCACGACGAAGGAAAAAGAAGGGCGAAGCACCAAUGCAAGCCGCAGACCGUAACCCGCGAGACACGAUUCGCACUUGUGGAGGCCCCUGACGUAGCUAUGGUUCCCCCCCGGAGCCAGCACCUGAUCCAAAAGGGCAACCCAACGGCCACAACCGUCCCGAAUCGGACGUGCAUGCAUCGCCAGGAGGAGGAGUGCGGACUGGCGGACUGA